AUGCAAAUCAAUCUUGUUUGGUUUUUGCUAUCACCUCUUUUCAUUGAAGUCGAAUCACCUGAAUAUAGAGGAUGCGCUGAAUUCCAGAACGAAUUCGAAUACUGUGAAAAAAAGCGUGAUCAAUGUCUGUCGGAAACAAUUGAAACUGUGGAUUGUGAUGAAAAAAGGGAAAAAUGUUUCAAGGAAAAUGUUGGAGACUCGAAUUGCACUAUUGAGUACGAGAGCAAUCGAAGAAAACGGAAACAAGAAAACAUGGAAAAUACUCAAAUACCGCCGAUGAAAACUCUGAACUUGUUACUGAAAAACCUGAGGAACCCAAUAAAUGACGUAGUAAAAAACUGCUCCAAUGAAGACGACUUUGAAAAUCAGAAACAACUAUUGCAGAAGGAAAUGGAUCUAGUGAAUUCAGUCGACUUUAGUGAAUUCAGUCGACUAAAGAUGCCAACUGCAAUUAUUUUCAAUGCGCUCAUUCGUAACCAAAGCAUCUCCGAAACAUGUAAACAGUCGUUGAAAGAAUUCGAAAAAAAAUUAGCAAUCCUUGACAGCGCAGCCUUUUCGAUAAUUCCCAUCCCAUUUGCUCAUUGGCAUUGCGGAUGGGCGUAUGGCGAUGUUGGACGAGUGAAUUUGAGAUUAUACGCUAGUAUUGCUACACGCAACUUUGCAAUGAACUUCAACCAUGUCUGUGCAAUUCAACGGGACUGUUAUAUGAACAGAAAAAAAAGAAAGACAUGUGACCAGAUGUUCAAGAACUCUAUACAUGGAAUAGUCAACUCACUGAAAAGAAACAAGAAAGGUGCAGAAGAGUUCAAAGAAAUCCUGAUGGAGCUGAGUGACUGGAAAAGUGAAUAUGCGUAUUCCAUAGCAAAUCUCACAGAAUCCAGUUAUAGCACAUACUCCGAAAAUAGUGAAGGAGCAUUUACCAACUUUAACUACUACUAUCCAAUGAACAAAACCGCUGUAGUUUUUCUGGAACUUAAGGAACAGCCUAAGAUCAAAACAAACCUGGACAAUCUUUACCCUUGUUGCAAAUUCCAUAGAAAUGCAUUGAAUCCAAAUGAAUAUGAAGUUCCGAUCCCCGUUCUCACAGAUUGCCCAUUUGCUUCAAGCAUGGUGGAUUUUUGCGUCUCUGAUUUAAAUUUUUGUAUUAACAACAAGUCCGGUUUCCCAAUUUGCUCAUCGCAAUUUUGUGCUUGCAUCAAGAAAGAGCUUCCCCAAAACGAGCAGCAGUGUCGGGCAAACAUUACAGACACUUGUCGACUUCUGAAAUCCAGAAAAUCCUCUCACAAGGAAGAAUACGCCCCCUUUAAAUGGCCAGAGGAAAUGGAACCGGUUGUCACCAAAAUUCAAGGAUCUUGUGGUUCAAAUGAACUAGAUUCUUUGAAAUUGGUGAGAGCGGCAUGUGAUGAUAUAUCCAUAUCAGAACUUCAGAGUAUUCAAAGUUUGGUUCAACUCAUUUUCGAUAAUCAAUGUGUUAAAAACUAUAAAACAAUGAUAGACACUUCAUCCAUGAUUGUUGAUAAGAAUACAGAUAUCGGUGUUCCGUUUGAUCGAUUCAGAUGUGGUUGGCAGUACGGAGACAUUGGGAAGGUACUAGCUCGGUAUUGGAUAGGAAAUGCUUGUGGACCGUAUUCCGUCAACUUCAACCAUUGCUGCGCAAAACACCUCAACUGUUAUAUUAAUAAAGUUGUGAAAGAGCUCUGUGAUGAAGAGUAUUAUCGUUGCAGAACGGUUUGUAAAUGCUUCCAAACAAAAGAAAAUGAGCAAUAUAUUUUUCAGAGUUUGGUAUCCCGUAUGGUUAGUCACAAAGAGAGCUGCCGAGCAUUAAAUGCAGUGAAUAACCACGAAUUGUUCAAUGUGAAACUUUCUGUCUAUGAGAGUUUUGGGAACACGAAAAUACCCACAGAAAUCACUUUAUUUGAUGGGAACUUAAAGAAAUCGUUCUCUGGACCAUCAAACUUGAAUUUCUCUCUGAUAAAAGUUUUCAAACUCAGUUCCGAUGAACGACUAGACAUCGAAAUUGGUGACAGUUUUUACCAAGAAAUCUACAAAAAUGGAUGGUCUAAUCGAGGUAGCACCAUGUUUUUUCUUACUCCGCAUCAAUAUGAUUUUGCAGUUAUCAUCGAUUCCAGCGCUUUGAUCUUUGAAGAUUGUCGGAAGCAUAACAGUAUCCUCUUAUGCCUGAAACAACUUGUGUUCAGUAUUUCUGAAAUCGACGGGAAAACGGAAGAAUUUGAUGUUGCUAUUCGUAAAUUUAACGAAACAAUAGCAUCGCGAUGUGUCGCUCCGCUGAAUAAAUCAGAAGUGGUUGAGAUGAUAUCGAAAUUGGAAAAUGGAAGACUACCGGAAUAUAUCGUUCUAUUCAUUGUGGAGAUCGUAAUUGUGCUAAUUUUCAAUCAGAAGUGUUGGGAAACAAUCAAACGAAUUUAUUAUUAUUUUUUCUCAAACAAGACUCCAACACAAAAUGUGCAAGACCCUGCUGCGAUUCCACUUUCUCAACUUGGACCUGUUUCGGAACUAAACGGAUCCACCACUUUUUCAGAAGAUAGUAAUACUGAAAUCGUGAAUCACCCUGUUCAUGAAUAG